CUUCCCUUCCCGCUCAGUUCUUCCAAUUUACUAGAUCAUGCCAAAUAACGAAGGAUUCCCAUUCAAUCACCACAGCAAUACCCCCAGCAAAGCACCUCAAUCUCAUAGAUGUAAUGAACACCUCGAAGACGUAUUAAAAGGAUUAUCGACCUGGCCAAUGGAUGUAGCUGCUCCUUUCCAUAUCUUUUUAGAAUGUUUGAAAUCAAAGCCAGGUGAAGAACCACCCUUAUAUUCAAAAACCAAUUCUGAACAAGAUCCCAAAUAGUAAUAGUAGUAGGCAUUUAUAGUUGUAGCUGUAGUUUACUUUCACCCCACUCUCAUAUAUAUCUCCUUAUGGAUACAAGCUUCCUCCCUCAUAUUACAUAUCCAUUCUUCUCUCUCUGUCUUGAAACACUAAAGUCAUUUUAUAUAGAAUACUUCAUAGAAUUGUACAAUAGUUUAAUAUCUCUUUAUUUUAUUUUGAUAUGCACAAUAAACACUCUAGUCCUCGAUUAAA